CCAGAGGCGCAGCUGCUCCCUUGGGACCCCCGCGGAAGAGUGAGCUAGCAGCGCGGGGUGGUCCCCGCACACGCCGGGGGGCGCUAGGACAGGCAGAGCUCGAGCCCCGCGGCGUCAGAUGCAGCUAGGCUAGGCCCGGGAGGCAGGCAGGCAGGCAGGCGGGCGCGCUGGAUGCAAAGGCAGGAACGGGAGCCGCCUGAGGGUGUUGGUCGUAAGAAGCUCCCAACCCCGGGAUCGUAGCGGGACCAGUUUAGAUCCAGCAGGGAGCGGGGUCUGGAGGUGGAGCGAUCGGGGCUGGGAGGGAGGGAAGGCGGGAGAGCGGGCGGUGGAUGCUUUCUAGGCGCUUAGGAGCGGGUCUCCUCCGUGGGGUUGCUCUUGACCUCUGACUAUGCACUUCUGAGGGCUCCUUAGAGAGAGAGGCAUCGGGACAGGGGUUAACUGAUAGACGUUUCCUCCUCCAAGCACAUCCCUCGAGGGAAGCACCGGAGCCCUCCUUCCCCAAACUCCUUCCACCAUUAAGAGGAAAACUAUGGAGGAGUUGAGUGCUGAUGAGAUCCGUCGAAGGCGCCUUGCCCGGCUUGCUGGUGGGCCAUCUUCCCAGCCCACCACCCCACUUACGUCUCCACAGAGGGAGAACCCCCCAGGGCAGCCUGUCUCAGCACCGCCUUCAGGGGCGCCCCAUAACCUUGGGCUCAAUGUUCAUAGUAUGACCCCUGCUACCUCUCCACUUGGUGCGUCAGGUGUUGCCCACCGAAGCCAGAGCAGCGAAGGCGUGAGUUCACUCAGCAGCUCGCCAUCCAACAGCCUCGAAACACAAUCCCAGUCCCUUUCCCGGUCUCAGAGCAUGGACAUCGAUACCGUCUCCUGCGAGAAAAGCUUGUCGCAGGUGGACGUGGAUUCGGGAAUCGAGAACAUGGAAGUGGAUGAGAGCGACCGAAGGGAGAAACGGAGCCUCUCCGACAAGGAGCCCCCCUCGGGAUUGGAAAUAUCAGAGGAACAAGCCUUGCAGCUAGUCUGCAAGAUUUUCCGGGUCUCCUGGAAAGACCGGGACAGAGAUGUCAUCUUCCUCACUUCCCUUUCUGAGCAGUUCAAACAGAACCCUAAAGAUGUGUUCUCGGACUUUAAGGACUUGAUUGGGCAAGUCCUGAUGGAAGUCCUGAUGAUGUCGACGCACUCGAGAGAAGAAAACCCUUUUGCCAGUUUGACCGCCACGUCACAGCCCAUAGCAGCCGCUGCCCGGUCGCCUGAUAGAAACUUGGUCCUGAAUACUGGCUCCAACCCAGGAACCAGCCCCGUGUUUUGCAACGUGGGCUCGUUCGGCUCCAGCUCCUUAUCGAGUCUCUAUGGAAGCAGCCCCAUUCCCAUUUUCAAUAUCGCAAGUCACCCACCUUUGGCUGGCUCCUUUCUCACUUCUUCUCCCAGCCCCGCUGCUCCCCUCCCCAUGUCUUCCCUGUCUGUCAGCCCCCAUCUCAUGCCAGCAGGGCCACUGAGUGUCCAGCCCUCAUCCCCAAGGUACCGUCCGUACACAGUGGCACACCCCUGGACCUUGGCAGCUCCUUCUGCCUCACCCUCAACAAGCACAUCCAGUCUUUCAGCCUCUUCGACUCCUCCAGCCAUAAGCCCCAGCCCUCCAGCUGCGCGGGCCACUUCGUCCAGGGUUAGGCCUGUAGCCACCGCCCUGCCUCUGUUCUCCACUCUGGGCAGCAGCACUUCUUCCCCAAGCAGGAUGCCCUCUAGUAUGUACGACAGCCCUUUUUCCCUCUUCCUUGCCAUUUCUGAUGUCUCUGGAGACAGUUCUGAUGAAGAAAAUGAGGAAGAGGAGGAGGAGGAUUUUUCUUGUGUCCCAUUUGGGUCCAGCGGCGGAGGCUCCGGGGGGGCCAGCAUUUCUGACUCGUGCAGCGAUCAUUUCGCCAUUGAGACGUGCAAGGAAACGGAGAUGCUAAACUACCUCAUCGAGUGCUUCGACCGAGUGGGGAUCGAGGAGAGGAAGGCUCCAAAGAUGUGCAGCCAGCCGAUGGUGAGCCAGCUCCUGAGCAACAUCCGAUCCCAGUGCAUUUCCCACGCGGCUUUGGUGCUCCAAGGAUCCCUAACGCAGCUGAGGUCGACCCAACAGCAUUCGUUGUUAGUCCCGUAUAUGCUCUGUAGGAAUCUCCCCUUCGGUUUCAUCCAGGAAUUGGUGAGAACGACUCACCAAGAUGAAGAGGUCUUCAAACAGAUCUUUAUACCUAUUUUACAAGGGCUGGCUCUUGCUUCAAAAGAAUGUUCCUUUGACAGCGACAACUUUAAAUACCCCCUUAUGGCUUUAGGGGAACUGUGUGAGAUCAAGUUUGGAAAAUCGCAUCCCGUCUGCAGCUUGGUGGUGUCUUUGCCUCUGUGGCUGCCAAAAUCCCUAAGCCCUGGGAUGGGCCGAGAGCUCCAGAGACUCUCUUACCUUGGGGUGUUCUUCAGCCUCUCCGUCUUUGCUGAAGAUGACCCGAGAGUUGUCGAAAAAUAUUUCUCUGGACCUACCAUUACCCUGGAAAACACACGGGUGGUUAGCCAGUCUUUGCAGCAUUAUCUGGAAUCUGCCAGGCAAGAGUUAUUCAAGAUCCUGCACAGUAUUCUGCUCAACGGAGAAACUCGGGAAGCCGCUCUCAGCUACAUGGCAGCGGUGGUCAACGCCAACAUCAAAAAGGCACAAAUGCAGACAGACGAUCGGCUGGUAUCUACGGAUGGCUUUAUGCUUAACUUUCUGUGGGUGCUGCAGCAGCUGAGCACAAAAAUCAAACUCGAGACGGUCGAUCCUUCCUACAUUUUCCACCCCCGGUGUCGGAUCAUGGUGCCGGCGGACGAAACGCGAGUGAAAGCCACCUUGGAGGAUGUCAGCAGCUGGAUGGCGGAGCUGUCCAGAGAUCAGUCUGUCUUUUCUGAGCCAAAAUUCCCAACGGAAUGUUUCUUCCUGACCCUCCAUGCCCACCACCUCUCCAUUUUACCAAGUUGCCGUCGAUACAUCCGUCGACUCAGAGCCAUCCGGGAGCUGAACAGGACCGUGGAGGAUUUGAAGAAUAACGAAAGUCAGUGGAAAGAUUCCCCUCUAGCUACGAGGCAUCGAGAGAUGCUGAAGCGGUGCAAAACCCAACUGAAGAGAUUGGUGCGGUGCAAAGCUUGUGCAGAUGCCGGCCUGUUAGAUGAGAAUUUUCUCCGGAGGUGCCUGAACUUCUACAGCGUGGUGAUCCAACUCUUGCUUCGGAUUCUUGAUCCGGCCUAUCCUGACAUAAAACUGCCUUUAAACCCAGAUGUCCCGAAAGUCUUUGCAGCGAUGCCUGAGUUUUACGUGGAAGAUAUUGCGGAAUUUUUGUUUUUUAUUGUACAAUACUCGCCUCAGGUACUCUAUGAGCCUUGCACUCAGGAGCUCGUGACAUUCCUCGUCGUGAUGCUCUGCAACCAGGACUACAUCCGGAACCCUUACUUGGUGGCCAAGCUGGUGGAGGUGAUGUUCAUGACGAACCCAGCCGUCCAGCCGCGGACUCAGAAGUUCUUUGAGAUGAUUGAGAACCAUCCGCUCUCCAUUAAGCUGCUUGUUCCCUCACUGAUGAAGUUUUAUACAGACGUUGAGCACACUGGGGCCACCAGCGAAUUCUACGACAAAUUUACAAUCCGUUACCACAUCAGCACCAUCUUCAAAAGCCUGUGGCAGAAUAUAGCCCACCACGGCACCUUCAUGGAAGAGUUUAACUCCGGCAAGCAGUUUGUUCGCUAUAUCAAUAUGCUGAUCAAUGACACGACAUUCUUGCUGGAUGAGAGUUUAGAGUCCCUAAAACGCAUCCAUGAAGUGCAGGAGGAGAUGAAGAACAAGGAACAGUGGGACCUUCUGCCCAGGGAUCAGCAGCAGGGUCGGCAGUCCCAGCUGGCACAGGACGAGCGGGUCUCGCGCUCCUAUCUGGCUCUGGCCACCGAAACAGUCGACAUGUUUCAUAUCCUCACCAAACAAGUUCAGAAGCCUUUCCUCAGGCCUGAGCUUGGACCACGGCUGGCUGCUAUGCUGAACUUCAACCUUCAGCAGUUGUGUGGCCCUAAGUGCCGUGAUCUAAAAGUAGAAAACCCCGAGAAGUAUGGCUUUGAACCAAAGAAGCUUUUGGACCAACUGACGGACAUUUACUUGCAGCUAGACUGUGCUCGGUUUGCGAAAGCAAUAGCGGACGACCAGCGGUCCUACAGCAAGGAGCUGUUCGAGGAGGUGAUUUCAAAGAUGAGGAAAGCUGGCAUCAAAUCGACCAUAGCAAUAGAAAAAUUCAAGCUGCUUGCAGAGAAAGUGGAUGAAAUCGUUGCCAAGAAUGCCCGAGCCGAAAUUGACUACAGCGAUGCUCCUGAUGAGUUCAGAGAUCCACUCAUGGACACCCUAAUGACCGACCCCGUCCGGUUGCCAUCGGGAACCAUCAUGGAUCGAUCUGUCAUUCUGCGGCACCUUCUCAACUCUUCCACGGAUCCCUUCAAUCGCCAGACACUAACGGAAAAUAUGCUGGAACCAGUGCCUGAGCUGAAAGAGCAAAUCCAGACCUGGAUGAGGGACAAGCAACACCCUGACCAUUGAGGUGUCACCCCUGGCAGCACACGCCGAGGUCAACUGGGAAGAGCAGGACGGCGGAUCGAGGCGAGGGGAAUGCCACAUCGCUGGAAGCUGAGGCCAAGCCGGAGCUCACACGGUGCCUGCUGCCACGAAUGACACGGAACCUCGUGGACGGAGCGAAGGGGAAGGCAUCACCACAAAAAGCAGCUUAACUCUUGUACAUACGUUUAAGCGAUAAAUCGGCAGUCAAUAGCAUUGUGGGGGAAUCAGUUCGGAGGUCGCGCUUGUUCCGAAACGAACUCCUCCGUUUCAUAGUCGGGGUUCGCACGGCUGAAUUCGUUUUAGCAAAAGACGCGGAUCGGGGCAGCAGCGCGUGUGUGUGUGUGUGUGUACGUUUUUUUUUUUUUUUAAAUAUAUUGCCAGAUCUCCGUUAAUUUGAUAGUGGUUGAAACUUUGAACAUUUUGCUGCUAUGGUUAUCCCCAGACCCUUUCAUUUCUUUCUCAUCACCUCUGCCUGCACGAUCCUGCCGCCUCGUUUUUUUUUUGGGGGGUUCCGUAAUGUGAAGAAAAACGUUCCCUGUAUAUGAAAAACAUUCUUCUCUGACCCCAAGAGAACAUAAUCUUGAAAAAGCAAAUGUGCCUGCGAGAAGUAUUAAUCGGGGGGGGGAUCAUAUUUUUCUAUUAGAAAUCAUUUUUUAUUUGGUAGGCCACACACAAGAAGAAGAAUUCACGAUAGCAAAUUUCAUUCUUCCUCCCCCUUUGUCGGCACGUUGAAAUUUUAAGUGGUUGGCAUAUCCCUUUAGGUUUUGGGGAGAGACUACAUGCCCUUCGUUGUUAUUUUUAAAUUGUUUUUUCUUCAGGGCCUUGUAUUAUAGAUUGAAGCAGCUGCCACAAAGGAAUCAGAGUGGAAUACGAGGGUUUCACUGACUUAAAAGAUAUAUAGAGAGAGAUUUAAAAAAAUCUUUUAAAGCCAGAGACCUAGUAAGCUAAAUGGUGAUGAUUCUCUGUCUUUUAAAAGUGCGUCUCUGAGGGUUGGGGGGGGUGGAGAGCAGAUCGUUUUAUUCUCGGCGCCUCCAAGUCAAAGCAGGACGGAUCCAUUUUUAUGUUGUGUACCAGUUUUAUAUCCAUGGCUUGGCCUUACCAAAGCAAAAAGGGUGCAGAAAAAUGUAGACUCGCUUUUUUUAAAAAAAGAAACUAUAUAAAAAAGAUGAAACAUUUUUGUAUGACUGCCCCCUGCUUAAAGAUACUUGAACGUCCUUUUUGAAAAGGAUUUGAAACCACAGUGUUUUAAAAAAAAAAAAAAAAAAAAUUAAGCCUGAAAAGAAAACGUUUUCUUUUCUUUCUUUUCUGCUGACAGUUUCCUCUGUUCAGUUCCUGAUUCUUGAACAACAAUAAAUGGUGAUACACAUUCACAAGCA